AUGGCGUCCCCCAAGGCGCAGCCAGGGGCCAUUCAGCGGUGGGCCUCGCUGGGAGAGCCCAGCGGACGGGCAGAGCCUCUCAUCGGAGGCGGUGGACCUCGCGGUCCCCACUCAGGUCGAGGGGCGUGCGGCGGGGCGGCAUGGCCAGCUCGCGCUCGGUCGAGAACCUCAUCCGCUGCUGGGCGGACGAGGGCGGCGAGGCGGACAGCCCCGAGGCGGGCUUCCAGGACACCAAGGACUCAGCUCAGAUACCUGAAGCACCUAGACCUGUGCUCGUGGUACACCGGGCCCGACGACAGGAGCUGCAGCGACGUCCGCGAGAUCAGGCGGGGCAACAUCGAGGAGUGGAUCCUGUCCUAUUGGUUCGACGGCGCUGAGACAGUAGACGUGCUCACUGCCGAGGAUCCCGAUCCGGACCCGGCGGAGGAGGAGGAACAAGAGGUUGUGCGAUGGGCUGGCCUGCCGCUGCCCCCCUCGGACACUGCGGACGCGUGCGCGGGAGACGAGUGGUACGGGAAGAACCCGAAGGUCGACAGUGCUGACAUCGAGGCCGUGUCCGACGAUAUCAUCAAGCAGCACUUGCACGACGCGUAUUCGGACGGGGGGGACGACCACGUCGAUGAGACGGCCCCAGCACCGAUCGAGGGCGACGCACGCGAGGUCGAGGAGGCUCCAGCACCGAUCGAGGGCGACGCGGGCGAGGUCGGGGAGGCUCCAGCACCGAUCGAGGUCGACGGCGAGGACGUCGAGGAGGCUCCAGCACCGAUCGAGGACGGCGACGUCGAGGAGGCUCCAGCACUGAUCGAGGGCGACCAUGAGGUCGAGGAGGCUCCAGCACCGAUCGAGGGCGACCAUGACGAGGUCGAGCAGACUCCAGCGCCGAUCGAGGGCGACCAUGACGAGGUCGCUGCAGAGGAGGCUCCAGCACCGAUCGAGGGCGACGACGACGAGGUCGAGGAGGAGGCCCCAGCACAGAUCGAGGGCGACGUCAAGGGGGAGGCUCCAGCACCGAUCCGCGAGGGCCCUUCCUCGGAUCGCGGCUCAUUCUUCAGCGAUAGUGAGCCGACGAUCGGAUCCAACGAGGAGGGGGAGGAGAGCUGCGGGGGGGCAGCCGCGGCAUCGAGCGCUGCCGCCAGCAGCUCGGCCGCGAGCAGCUCGGGCAUCACGAUGCCCUUCGUGGCGGAGCUCAUGGGCCAGCGCGAGCGCCACAAGAUGAAGAAGGCGAAGAAGGAGAUGAAGACCGAGGCCGACAACGUGCUCACCGUCAUCCCGCCGAGCCUGGCCAAAGCGGAUGCGGCUGCUGGGGUGGAGCCAACGACGGUGCCAAAGGCCAAGGCGGUGGCGAAAGGCAAGGCGGUGGCGACUGCUGUGGCGAUCAAGCCAGUGGCGGUGCCAAAGGGCAAGGCGGCCGCGAAGGGCAAGGCGGUGGCGACUGCUGGGGUGAUCAAGCCAGCGGUGCCAAAGGGCAAGGCGGUGGCGAAGGGCAAGGCGGUGUCGACUGAUGGGGUGAAGCCAGUGGCGGUGCCUCAGGCCAAGGCGGUGCCGAAGGGCAAGGCGGUGCCGAAGCCAGGGGCGAGCGGUAGCAAGAGGAAGGCAUCGGCGGCGCCCUCGGCCUCGAAGAAGACGGCCAAAGCUCAGGAUCCCAACCAGGAGGAGGAUGAGGAAGAGGAGGCUGGCGGCGCGUGCGAGGAGGUUGACGUGCAGGCUGCCGGCGAGGAGCCGAGCGCUGGCGUCGAGGACGCUGGCGGUGAGGAUGGCGCUGUGAUCGAGCUCACGAAGCCGCAGAACGGCUGGGAGGAGGUCUCAGACUUCUUGACGGCGGGCAUUCAGACCCUGAAUGACCACCAGGGCAUCCCCUUCCAGCUGCAGUACAGGAGCCGCGCGUCCGAGGGCUACCACACCAUCGCCUACAGGAACAAGCCGUUCCACCUCGAGGGCGGGUACUCGGCAUGGGCUCAGCUCAUCCAGGUGUCCAACAAGGAGUGGUCGGAGCAGCAGCUCGAGCACUUCAAGAUGGACAGGCGCGGCAUGAGCUUGUACGUGCUGAACAUGAUAUACUACUAUGUGGUCCAGAAGUCGACGUACUGCAAGGCGACCGCGAAGAGCAUCAGGAAGUACGUGCUGGCGUCGGAGAUCAGCGUUGGGGGCUAG